GACUGCACGCCACACGUUAGUGACGUCACUCAACGCACGAGGCUGGUGUUCUGUGGCUGGCGUUUCUCUGAAUUAUGUCGCUUUCAAUGUUGUUUUCAGUGAAGUGAUGGACGAUUGUCUGAAACGCCUUGAAAGGCGCUUCUUGAACAUGUAUCCACUUAAGUUACUUUCACCUGAUGUUGAUGCGAUCAUAGAAAAAGCCAAUGAGAUGGGUUCUGAUUGGCAGAAGGAUAUUAUUAACAGUACUGUGAAACAUCCACUCAAUAUGAAGCACGAGAUUGACCCGAAAUAUGAACACGCGUUCCUCAAGCUGAUUAUAUCGAGGCUGGAAAGUGAAGGGACAGAAGUCUGUGAUGAACUGUAUGAAAAUCUUUGUAAUCUUUUGUCUUACCAAAAGGAACAAGACACUGUUUUUAAACAUUACAUAUUGGAUGAUACUUCCAGUACCUGCAUUAGUCUGAAAGAGAGCAGAAAUAUAAUUUCUCAAGGCACAACUGGUCUGCACAGCUGGCAGGCUGCACAAGCUCUCGCAGAUUGGUGUCUCAGUCAUUCAGAAGAACUACGUGACAAAGAAGUACUGGAACUUGGAAGUGGAGUGGGCCUCACUGGAAUAGCAACAGUUUUGUGUUGCGAGCUGCGGAGUUACAGUUUUUCUGACUGCCAUGCAGCUGUUCUGAGCACUUUGUGUGAAAAUGUUUUACUGAAUUUAAGUACUCCAAAUGAUAAAGACUGCCACGGGUUUGUGGAUAAUGUCACAAAAACGACAGAUAAUACAUUGCUCAGAAUUAAGCAUAAAAAUACUGAUGUUGCGGUUAUGAAUCUCCCAUGGGCAGAUGUCACUAAAAAUACAAUAACAGAAGUGGAUUUUGUGCUGGCAGCAGAUGUUGUGUAUGACACAAGCACGUUUACUGAGCUUUGUCAAGCAUUAAAGAAUCUUUUACACUAUCAAAAAACAGUAGCCAUUAUUGCAUGUACUGUACGAGAUCAAAAUACAAUACAGCAGUUUCUGCACACACUUGCACAGUAUGAGAUCAAAAUAGUACAGAUCGAUCUUCCGUGUAGUAGGCCUACCCACUUUUUGCUGCCUCAAGAUGUGUUGGUAAAUAUCUACACACUCCAAAGCUCAGGCCAGUAGACACAUAAUUGAGCACAGGGAAUUGUUUCAUCGAAGACUCAGACAUAAGAAGCUAUUAUGCAGGCUGCAAUACUUACCUGUAUUCAAACUGUGUUCAUGUGGGUUAUGAUAACAAAUAUUAAAAUGUGUUUCAUACGGACUGUGAAA